AUUAUGAUAAAAGAGCAUAUUUUAAAUCAGCAGUAAAAUCUGACAAAACUGGUAUCUUAAAUUGUGUUUCUUUACCUCAUAUUACGAUAAAACAUGCAGUUUUCCUGGCUUUUGUAGCUAAUGUGCAUGUGCAUUCGAGUUGAUUGACAGGCGAUGUCAGUAUCUAAAAGAUGAUUGGCUCUUUUACCUGUAAGGUGGGACGUCCUUUCUACAUCCGUUGACCGUUGGGCGCUCAGAGCUCCUUGGUUGAGCGUUCCGAUUUCUCCCAUUCAUUUUAAUAGAAGUAGCCCACAUCUGCUAAAUAGUCUCUGGAUUCACUUCAGUGGAAUUUUGUAUUUUUUUCCCCCCCAAUGCAUCAUGUUUGUUCUCCAGACAUUCUCACUCAGCAUCUUUGAUGCUCAUGUUGCCAUAUUACUGAUUUUAGCAUCCUAAUCUCUAAAUGUCGCAGCUUUUAAGACGUGACUUGCCCUUGUCCGAUCAGUUUAGGGAGGAAGUUGCCAGGAUGGCUCCUGGGUCACUAGACACAAUGGCCCCUAAUGGACCCAACAUCUCCUGGUUUCCGGAGGCUCCUCUGCUCACUCCAGAGCAGCCCAUCUUCCUCAUGACAACCACAGCCCAGGCAGUGUCAGGCUUCUUUGUGUGGACUGCUCUUCUGCUCACCUGCCACCAGAUCUACAUGCAUCUGCGUUACUACAGCUCUCCCAAGGAGCAGAGGCACAUAGUACGCAUCCUUUUCAUCGUACCAAUCUACGCCUUUGACUCCUGGCUCAGCCUUCUCUUCUUUACCAACGACCAGUACUAUGUUUACUUUGACACAGUCAGGGAUUGUUAUGAGGCAUUUGUGAUCUAUAACUUCUUGAGCCUCUGCUAUGAAUACCUUGGAGGUGAGAGUGCUAUCAUGGCUGAGAUCAGAGGAAAACCAAUUGAGUCCAGCUGUAUAUAUGGAACAUGCUGUCUUUGGGGCAAGACCUACUCUAUUGGCUUCCUUAGAUUUUGCAAACAGGCCACUUUACAAUUCUGUGUUGUAAAACCUCUGAUGGCACUGAUCACAGUCAUCCUACAGGCCUUUGGGAAAUAUCGUGAUGGGGAUUUCAAUGUAGCUAGCGGUUACCUUUAUGCGACCAUCAUCUAUAACAUCUCCGUCAGCCUGUCCCUCUACGCCCUCUUCCUGUUCUACUUUGCCACCCGAGACCUCCUCAGUCCCUACAGGCCUAUGCUCAAGUUCUUCAUGGUCAAAUCAGUCAUCUUCCUCUCCUUCUGGCAAGGCAUGCUGCUGGCCAUUCUGGAGAAGUGUGGUGCAAUUCCUCAGAUCAGCUCUCCUGAGGUUUCUGUUGGUGAGGGAACUGUUGCAGCCGGCUACCAGAACUUCAUCAUUUGCAUCGAGAUGUUCUUUGCCGCCUUGGCUCUGCGACAUGCGUUUACGUACAAAGUCUACAUGGACAAGAGACUGGAUUCCCUUGGUCGCUGUGCCCCCAUGAAGAGCAUCUCCAGCAGCUUGAAGGAAACGAUGAACCCCGGAGACAUGGUUCAGGAUGCCAUCCACAACUUCUCCCCAGCGUACCAACAGUACACCCAGCAGUCCACCCUGGAGCAAGGAGUCACCGCACCACAGAUCUCCCGCAAUCACAGCUCCGUGAGCUCCCGGGACAAUGAGAAAACCCUACUGCUUAGCUCUGAUGAUGAGUUUUAAUGUACUCACCCUCGAAACACUUUGUCCUUAGCAAAGGUUUAUAGUAAGGGACCGUAUUGUUGCAGUAGUGUAAUGAUGUAAGUUAUUGAAGGACCAUCGAAAGCAAGUAGUUUAUGGAUCCUAUUGCAUCCGGUAGAAUAUGGAAAUUAAGCUGCUUAUACUUGCUUUGUAGUAAUAUGUCAUCUUGCUGCGCUUUGUCUGAUAAUGUUGUUUAUGCAAAGAGUUCAAUAAUAAUACAUUCGUCUAUACUUUGAAUUUUUGUCCAAAACAUCCUAUGUGUUCUGACAUUUUCAGCAUUGGAAUUUAUGUAUUUUUUUAUGCUUUUAGUUUUACAUAGGGGGUGCUUGAACAUCCCAGCAUAUUUAUAAAGAGCAGUGUAUUUGAGGCCUCCUGUUGUGCAGGAAUUUGGCCUAAUUACUUUCCUGUUUCUAAUUUACAAGUUCAAGUGCACCUUUGCUUUUACGCUUCAACAGUGUUUAUAGCUUCCCCAGUGAUUUAAAGGGUGGGUGUAGUUGUGAAUAAGAGAGUGUAGUGACGGUAGAGGGUGUGCCAGCUGUUUGUAACGCUGCUGUUUUUUGACUGAUGAAUCAAGGGAGAGUGUAGGAGUGGAGGAUAGUCGAGGAGAAGUUGAUGGUCAAUGAUAAGAUUACAGAUUAAGAGAAAUCUGCUCUAGGAUUGGAUAGGAGUGAGCAGUGUUCGGCUGUCUGGAUUAUAAGGCUGCAAUUGGAGCAUUACUUGCCUGGUGCAGAUUAGCACAGGCUUUCAUCAAAGGGUGGCGGCCAUAGACCACUGCAGUAAGUCCACUAUCUAGGUUAGUGGUUUAAAAAAAAAAAAAUGGAGUAUGAUAACUUUCGUUUCUCUCUUCUAGCUUUUCACAGAGAACAUCUCUACAAAAGAAUGGCAUUGUAGCACAAUCGGAUACCAUUGGUUUUAUCUGUUUGUCAACUUGUGUCCAAUUGAGAAUAAGAAAAAGUAUUAUUUGCAAUGUAUUAAAGCUUCUCAAAAUGGGCUCCAUUUUUAGAUGUCCCACUAGAGGGAGGCUUAUCUCAAAGUUCAUUUAGAGAUACACCAGUCAAAAGUUUUGAAACACUCACUCAUUCUUUAUUAUAAUUUUUUUCCCUUCACAUUUUAGAAUAAUAGUGAAGUCAUCAAAACUAUGGAAUAACAUAAAUGGAACUAUGGGAAUUAUGUUGUGACUAAACAAAAUCCCAAAUAAAUCAAAACUGUGUUAUAUUUUAGCAUCUUCAAAGUAGUCGCCCUUUGCCCAGAAUUUGCAGACAUGUACUCUUGACAUUUUCUCAACCAGCUUCUUGAGGUAUCACCCUGGGAUGCUUUUUAAACUGUAUUGAAGGAGUUCCCAUCUAUGUUGGGCACUUAUUGGCUGCUUUUCUUUAUUAUUUGAUCCAAGUCAUCAAUUUCAAAAACUUUUAUUUAUUUUUUAUUAAAUUUUCGUUUUAUAAUGAUAUAAAUUAAUAUGAUGGCACAAUUAUAUUUUUGUCUACAAAACUAAUUUCAAACAUUUAAGCAUAAGCCUUCAGAUCAAAAGAUUUUUAAGAUCAUGAGAAACAUUUCAGUCCAGUGUUUCAAAACUUUUGACCGGUAGUGUACAUUAGUUCAAACCUUAUCUUUAUGGGACAUGCCUGUUAUCAUUGACCCACACCGAAAGUCACAGAGUGUCUCCCUUUCUUAAGAAGCAUCCGCUGUUGUGCUGUAACUCUUCAGAUAGCACUAAGCCCUCAGUAACAAAGCUUUGUGCUUGUUGUUGGUUAGAUAGCAUUUCUGGAGUUACAUAUUUAACUGCCUUCAAAUGCUUUUAUUGGUACAAAAGAGGCCAGUAUAAAAACAAAGAAGCUGGAACAAAGUACAAGUAUGUAUGGUACCUGCUUCGAGAGUUUAGAGAGCUUAGUGUUUUAUAGUGUGUUCUUUAUAAGAGGAGGAUUUAUUUUAAUAUAGCCAAUAUUGUAACUUGCACUAAGCAGUUUUUUAUAUGUAGGGGAAAUCUAAAUAUCCUAGCAUAUUUUGGCAAGCUACACUAUAUUGCCAAAAGUAUUCGCUCAUCUGCCUUUAGACGCAUAUGAAUUUAAGUGACAUCCCAUUCUUAAUCCAUAGGGUUUAAUAUGACGUCGGCCCACCCUUUGCAGCUAUAACAACUUCAACUCUUGUGGGAAGGCUUUACACAAGGUUUAGGAGUGUGUUUAUGGGAAUUUUUGACCAUUCUUCCAGAAGCGCAUUUGUGAGGUCAGACACUGAUGUUGGACGAGAAGGCCUGGCUCGCAGUCUUCGCUCUAAUUCAUCCCAAAGGUGCUCUAUUGGGUUGAGGUCAGGACUCUGUGCAGGCCAGUCAAGUUCUUCCACACCAAACUCGCUCAUCCAUGUCUUUAUGGACCUUGCUUUGUGCACUGGUGCGCAGUCAUGUUGGAACAGGAAGGGGCCAUCCCCAAACUGUUCCCACAAAGUUGGGAGCAUGGAAUUGUCCAAAAUCUCUUGGUAUGCUGAAGCAUUCAGAGUUCCUUUCACUGGAACUAAGGGGCCAAGCCCAGCUCCUGAAAAACAACCCCACACCAUAAUCCCCCUCCACCAAACUUCACAGUUGGCACAAUGCAGUCAAACAAGUACUGUUCUCCUGGCAACCACCAAAACCAGACUCGUCCAUCAGAUUGCCAGAUGGAGAAGCGUGAUUCGUCACUCCAGAGAACGCGUCUCCACUGCUCUAGAGUCCAGUGGCGGCGUGCUUUACACCACUGCAUCCAACGCUUUGCAUUGCACUUGGUGAUGUAUGGCUUGGAUGCAGCUGCUCAGCCAUGGAAACCCAUUCCAUGAAGCUCUCUACGUUCUUCUUGAGCUAAUCUGAAGGCCACAUGAACUUUGGAGGUCUGUAGCGACUGACUCUGCAGAAAGUUAGCGACAUCUGCGCACUAUGCGCCUCAGCAUCCGCUGACCCCGCUCUGUCAUUUUACGUGGCCUACCACUUCGUGGCUGAGUUGCUGUCAUUCCCAAUCACUUCCACUUUGUUAUAAUACCACUGACAAUUGAUUGUGGAAUAUUUAGUAGCGAGGAAAUUUCACGACUGGACUUGUUGCUCAGGUGGCAUCCUAUCACAAUACCAUGCUGGAAUUCACUGAGCUCCUGAGAGCGGCCCAUUCUUUCACAAAUGUUUGUAGAAGCAGUCUGCAUGCCUAGGUGCUUCAUUUUAUACACCUGUGGCCAUGGAAGUGAUUGGAACACCUGAAUUCAAUUAUUUAGAUGGGUGAGCGAAUACUUUUGGCAAUAUAGUGCAUCUCUGUAACGUGACAUUUAUUCAGAGAGUUAUGGCUAAUGUGAUUUCAAGUAAUAUAGGAAGUGCUGUUACAUUGAAUAAAAUAUUUUGUGGAAACAUAUUUUGAAGCAACACUAAGAUGUUUAAACAUUUGUAAUGUCAUGUUAUUGUAAAACAGAGCAUUAUGUAUUACUAUGUCAAAGAUUGUGCUUAUAUUUUUUCCUUUGAUGCUCUGACAAAUACCUAGUAAACAAUAAAUAAUUUUGUCUGUU